GCCAAAAGCUGAAUUUCACCAUCGACAACGGGAAGAUCCACAACGUGUCACUGGGGCAGGGCCAGGAGGCCGUAGCCGAACAUGCCCUGGAGCUGGCGGCCGCGCAGGGCCACUGGGUCAUCCUGCAGGUGAGGGGAGCACUGGGGGUGAGGCUGGAGCAGGGUGGGAGGGGACACGGGUGCCGCGGGGUCCAGCAGGAGCAAUUCCUGCAGUCCGGGCCACCCCCCAGCCACGACACGCACAUCAUCCCCCAGGGACUGCUGGAGAACGCCAUCAAAAUCACCAGCGAGCCGCCGACGGGCAUGUACGCCAACGUGCACAAGGCGCUCGACCUCUUCACCCAGGACACGUUAGAGAUGUGCAGCAAAGAAGUGGAGUUCAAAUCCAUCCUGUUCGCGCUCUGCUACUUCCACGCGGUGGUGGCCGAGCGGCGCAAGUUCGGAGCUCAGGGCUGGAACAGGUCGUACCCCUUCAACAACGGCGACCUGACCAUAUCCAUCAGCGUCCUGUACAACUACCUGGAGGCCAACCCCAAGGUACCGUGGGACGAUCUCCGGUACCUCUUUGGGGAAAUCAUGUAUGGGGGGCACAUCACAGACGACUGGGACCGCCGGCUGUGCCGCACGUACCUGAGCGAGUACAUCUGCGCGGAGAUGCUGGAAGGGGAAGUGUCCUUGGCUCCAGGGUUUGCGGUCCCUCCCAACUUGGAUUACAAGGGGUACCACGAGUACAUCGACAACAACCUGCCCCCCGAGAGCCCCUACCUGUACGGCCUGCACCCCAACGCCGAGAUCGGCUUCCUCACCGUCACCUCGGACAGCCUUUUCCGAACAGUGCUGGAAAUGCAGCCCAAGGAAUCAGACGCCGGAGGAGGCUCGGGUGUCUCCCGAGAAGAAAAGGCAAGUACAGUUUUACAGCACACCGUGACCAGGCUGCCGGAGCCGUUCAACAUGCUGGAGAUCAUGGCGAAAGCGGAGGAAAAGACCCCGUACGUCGUAGUUGCCUUCCAGGAGUGCGAAAGGAUGAACAUCUUGACCCAAGAAAUCAGGCGCUCACUGAAGGAGCUCGACUUGGGACUGAAGGGAGAGCUCACGAUUACGUCGCGUAUGGAGGAGCUGGCCAACGCUCUCUUCUACGACAGCGUUCCUGAAUCCUGGACGCGUGUCGCCUACCCCUCCCUCCUCAGCCUGGGAGCCUGGUACGCAGACCUGCUCCUCCGCAUCCGGGAACUGGAAGUCUGGACGACAGACUUCGCGCUGCCGGCAGCGGUGUGGCUGGCAGGAUUCUUCAACCCCCAGUCCUUCCUCACGGCGAUCAUGCAGUCCACGGCCAGGAAAAACGAGUGGCCACUCGACAAGAUGUGUCUUUCAGUGGACGUGACCAAGAAAAAACGUGAGGAUAUAAGAGCUCCCCCCAGAGAAGGCUCCUACGUGCACGGACUAUUCAUGGAAGGCGCUCGAUGGGACACCCAGUCCGGUGUGAUCGCCGACGCUCGUCUGAAGGAGCUGACGCCCCCGAUGCCCGUCAUCUUCAUCAAAGCCAUCCCUGUGGACCGCAUGGACACCAAGAACGUCUAUGAAUGUCCUGUCUAUAGGACACGGAUGCGAGGUCCCACCUACAUCUGGACCUUCAACCUAAAGACAAAAGAAAAAGUCUCCAAGUGGAUCCUUGCUGCAGUUGCUCUGCUCUUAGAGGUCUGA